CGAACAUCGCGAAAAUGAACUCACCCGGCAACUGGUUCUUGUAUAAAUUUAUUGGUUCUGGUGGUGAUAGCAGUUACUUCAACUGAUAGAUUCGAACAGCGCGGAACUUGUUGGAUUGAUUGUUGUUCCAGCAAAUAAUUAACCAAUAUAUGAUGUUAAAACAUUGUAUUGCAGUUUCGAUUAUUGGUUGUUUGCUGUUUGUCAGCGCAACUGCUGAAACCAAUCCCUGCCAGGGAGUGAAUUCUGGAUUCAAACCACAUGAGAGUGACUGUACGAAAUAUUAUUCAUGCGUAAACGGAGUUGCGCACUUGUUGCAGUGCCCCACCAAAUAUCCAAUAUUCCAAAAUGGUAAAUGUGAUUAUGGGGAUCCAGCAUAUUGUGUGAACUGCCCAUCGGAAGGAGUUGCAAGGUUUCCAAUACCGUACUCUUGCUCACAAUUCAUUUUAUGCGUAAAUGGAGUUCAAAGCAGAGGUCGAUGCCCCGAUGGAUUGAUAUUUGAUCGGACUCUGCAACAGUGCAAUUUGAUUGCCAAUGCACCUAAGUGUGUCGACGUAGAAUGCCCAGCUCAAAAUACGGAAACUCCAACGUUCCGCCCUCAUCCGACUGAGUGUUCGGUUUAUUUCAUUUGUGUGGAUGGCGAUCCCGUGCGGCAGGAAUGUCCUGCCGGAACAGCCUUCAAUCCUGUAACCGAAACCUGUGACAGGAAAGAAAAUGUACAGUGUCCUGCAUUUAUGCGAUCCGUGGUAGCAUUCCUCUCCUUAGUUCAAUCCAAAACCAUUCGAUCCAACGAAAAGUGUGUUGGGAACACAGGCAUCAAAAAUCUUCCCGACCCAGACGAUUGCUCACGUUACUACAUGUGUAUGAAAGACCAGCAAUUCUUAGUGCCAUGCGGAAGCGGAAAAGUAUUUGAUACGAAGUCAUUAAAAUGUAAUAAACCAGAAAAUUCAGUUUGCAUCCGAGAUGUGACUGAUCAGGUAAGCCCCUGUAAAGGAAAUCUGGGAUUGAAAUUCGUCCCCCAUUCGAAAGAUUGCACCAAAUAUUUUAUGUGCAUGAGCGACAAAGAGUAUGAAGUUGCAUGCUCAGCUAGUAAACAUUUCGAUGUCACUACAAGCAAAUGUCAAGAUAUUACUAAGGCAAAAUGUUUUUCGGAGGAUACCUUGGAACCCCAAGUGAAACCUGUAAAACCUGUGAACCCCUGUGUUGGGAACGUAGGCACAGUCCGAGUACCAGAUCCAGCCGAGUGCUCAUCAUUUUACACGUGUACUGACGAAAUGGCAUUCCAUCAGCACUGUUCAUCAUCUCUUAUCUUUGAUGCCCUGACAAGGAAAUGUAACCGUCCUGAGAAUUCUGUUUGUAUUAUCGAUGUGGCUGUUGCUCCUACUAUCGGACCCGUAACAGCUACUGAAACAGUCAGCACUCCAUCAACAAGCACUAUUUCAAAUCUUGCUGACCCGUCAACACCGGCUUGCCUAAAAGCAGAACUGUUUUAUCACCCCCAUCGAGAUUGCAACAAAUUUUACCGCUGUGUUUAUGGAACACUACAUGUACUAGAUUGUCCCGAUAAUCAACACUGGAAUCAAGCUCGCGAGUUCUGUGACCACGUUUGGAACGCGAAAUGUGUUUCUCGAAGACAACACUGAUACGAAUACUUGAUCAAACUGAAAGUUAUUGCAAUAAACCAUGUUAGUGUCACGAUUAUCACUAGUCCUAGCUGGAAAAUUCCUAUGGUGUUUAUUUUCCUUUACUUUGUUAUAGUUAAUAA